AUGGCGUACUUCAACGAUAGUAGUAAAGUGUUGAUGUGCCCGGGUCACACCGACAUCGCACCCUACGUCGCCAACCUGACCUCCUCCUACUCCGACAAGAGCAAUGAGUCCUCCGUGGUGGCCACCUCCGUCUUCAUGCUCGUCCUCGCCGCCGUCUUCUUCAACCUCAACCUCUUCAGCCGCAUCUCCAACACCAGCGCCGUCCUCAACCCCACAGCCCGCCUCAUCCUCACCUCCGCGGUCUCGCUCUUCCUCCCCGUCAUGUCCUACCUCUUUUCCGAGGCCAAAAACACCCCCGAUGCCGCCGGCGCCAGCAAGGUCGAAGAGGACCUCCCGGUGCGGGCUCGGCUCAUCCUCACGUGGAUGCUUCUCGCGGAGCUCCUCCGCAAGAACGUGGAGGCCAUCCCGACCACCGCGGCGAUGCAGAAGGGCUACUCUAUCAUCAUCGCCAACGCCAACGCCGUCGCUUGGCUUGGAUACCUCGUCUUCUUCAACCUCAAGGGAGCCGGCCGGGUGGCGGUGUUCGGCAUCCUCUGGCUGCUCUGCGCCGCCAAGUUCGUGCAGAGGGUCGCCUUCACCGAGAUAGGGAAGCGUUCUUUCGCCUAUGGCAAGAAUGCUCGCCUCCUCUCCUCCUACAUGGCUGAAAUGGUAAAACGCCCGCCACAUGUCCAGACGCCCACUCCGUCGCAGAGGUUGGAGAUGUGCAACUACGUGGUCAUGGGAGAAGAAAAUCUUAUGCUGAAACCCGGCUCGCAUGGCUACGAGCUCGACCUCGACCGGCUCACCGCCACCUACGGCGACCACAUCGGUGACCACAUCGUCACCGUGGGGAAAAUAUGGGCACUCCCGCAGCAAGAGAAGAAACCGAGGCUCAAGAGGCUCAAAAGGCUGUGCCUCUCCUUUGCGCUCUUCAAGCAACUCCGGCCUAGGUUCGAGCUCCUGCGGGCCGCCACCAAGGAAGAAACCGACCACUGCCGGGACCUCAUCUUCCAAGGGCUGUGCAGCCACGAUCACACUGACCUCGAAGUCGAACCAGGGGUGGCACUGUUCCAGGUGCUCAAGGACGAGAUCAGCUUCCUGAGCGAGUACUACCACUCCGUCCACCCGGUGGUGCUCGCCAGCCCCUACUUCUUCGUCAUCAACUACAUCACCUUCCCCGUCGUGGUGUUCGGCCUCUGCGUCAUGACCGUCGCCCUCGCCGGCGACGGCGACAUGCCAGAGGCCAUCGUCAGCAUCGGGCGGGACAACUACGCCAUAUCCUCCGGCAUAUUCACGCUCACCAAGUGCCUCUGGAGGAAUUUCUUCCACACACCGGCGGCCUUCUUCGUCAUCGUCGACAUCUCCAUCACCUACCUCCUCUUCAUCGCCUUCGUCUACGAGCAAGUGUCCGAGUACAUGGUCUUCGUCUUCUCUAACUGGUUCAUGGUGUCGCUGCUGUGCAACUACGCCGCAAGGCCGCGCUGGCGCGACAGCACCACCUACCGUGGUAUUCUCCGCCGCAUGUCCUGGAUCAGUAGCAAGCUGAGCCACCCCAGCCGUAUCACCUUGAAGCAGUUCUCCGUGCUCAGGGUUAGCUGGCUCUCCAUGACGCUGCCCACCACCUUCCUGCCAAGACAAGCAAAGAGCUCCAUAAUGGAACGCUUUCGCUUGGCGGCGUACGGCCAUGACGGUAGCCCCGCCCCUCCUAGCAACGGCCAGUACGUGAUAGACCAUUGGCGGCGGCAUACAGACUUGUCAUGCUUCUGCGAGAGUAAGAGCGUGGUCGAGGUCAUCCUCAUCUGGCACAUUGCUACCACCAUCUUGGAGAUAGAGUAUCCAGGACGGCACAAAGCAGAGACCUCUUCGAGGCUGGUGGCCACGAGGCUGUCCAAGUACUGUGCUUACCUCGUGGUCAUCCACCCAGAGCUGCUACCGGAUGACCGUGAAGGCACGGAGCGCGUGUUGGAGGACAUGAAGAGGGAUCUCAAGGUGGCCGUCGGGGGUUGGUGGGCUUACUACACCGCGCCCGAGAGGGAACGGUACAACAAGAUGAUGGGGGCGCCCUUGCCGGACUGCCCGGCCGACAACAUCCAUAAUGUGGUUCACAAGGGAACAAAGCUGGGGAGGAAACUAAUGGAAGAUUGCCGGAGAGAUGAACGGCCCGUUUGGGAACUACUGGCCGACCUUUGGGUGGAGCUCCUUGUGUACAUCGCGCCAUCCGGUCGUGAUGAGCACGUGAAGGGGCAGGAGGAGGCACUGGUGCUAGGCGGCGAGCUGGUCACCCUCGUCUGGGCGUUGGCCACGCACACCGGCGUAACCCGGCCACCGCCGACGUCGGUGGUAGUAGAGGAUGUCGAAGGGGCGUCACGUCCUUCUAUAUUGGCCUAG